AUGCACUGCGGCCAGCGACGACCACCUCGCUUCUCGUGUAAGUGGCUACAACUGCAACAACUGCGCUUCAAGUCAAGAAACAACUUUAUUUAUAUUUUAAAAAGAAUUGCAGUUCUCUUGAGACGGCCUCUGCUAGGCAGCACGGCCGCACUGCACAGCUGGGCUUGUCUUCCCCCUGCGACGACAACGCUCACCGGUGGCUCGUUGCUCUUGCUCAUACUCUCUGGACUACAAGCUGAAAAAAGAUGCGUUAGUGAUCAACAAAGUCAUUUAUCUAUUCAUUACUUAGAAGCCAGCUUUGGUAGCGUUUAA